AUGAAUUCCAAACAUUCCAACUCAAAACAGGAUGAGAAAGAUACUGGAAAAAGCAGAGAAAACUAUAUUCCAAAUUUUUCUCCUAUAUUUAAGGCUUGGGGCUACCUAUCUUCAGAUAAGAUUAACAAUUCAUAUUUUCAGAACUAUUCAAAUGAUAAUUGGGAAGGUUGAGUUUACUCGAAUAAUAACCAAUCUUCUAAGCCCGAAUACAGUUCUUCUCGCAUUAUAGACAAAUUAUUAGACUUUCUUAACCUAUCAGACUUUUACUCAAGCUUCACAACACAAACUACAGAUCAAAAGCUCUCAAAAAUAAUACAAUCCAAGCACAAAAAACACCUAGAUUUCACCUGGAAGAUCCUUUACAUACUCCAACACUUAUAAUCGCCUUAAUGAUCUGCCUGCAAAUCUUCACUGAAGACCUAUCAAAGCCAGGGUUUCUGGCUCAGCUAAUAAACUCAACUUUAUUCAUGGUACUGGUGAACAUCAUAAAGUUAGUUAAGAAGAGAAGGCCUAAUAUUGUGCACUACUUCUUGCCCUGUUUGCUGUUUUUGGUAGGGUCUUCUAUAGCUAUUGAGAACUGACUUUUUGAAGAGUUUAGGUUUUAUGAACUUUGGAUUAUUUGGUAUAUGGAAGCACUUGCGUUUUCAGCUACGUUUUUUGCUUAUUCUGAGAUAACAAAACCUUUGGGUAAUAAAUCAAUUAAUUAAGAGCAACGUUCUGAUUCAGACCAGCCUUGGUAAUAGUAGCAUUCAUUCUAGU